GGCCCCCAGUGAUGCAUUGAACGAGUUGCUGCAAGCCCCAGCUUUCAUCUUGACUUCAUCCCUGACACGCCCUGUCGUCUUCCAUCCUCCUUUGCGACGGUCUGUCCCCCUAAACCUCUGCAGUCAUGUCCAUAGGCUCCGACUCUCAGUCCAGUUCUCAACUGCUCUCCUCCUCUGUUUCUUCGCUCAACCAGUCCAAGAGGUCCUCAUCGGAGAUCUCAAAGAUCUACAAACAUGCCUCUCAACUGUUCUUGACCCGCAGACUACUCGAAGCCUAUGAGGCGCUGCAACCCGUCAUUACUCCUCCCACGGCAGCUCGUCCAGGCGACAGUCCCGCCCAAGCCCCAAUAGCGACCGCGACCCCUAGCCAACGCAUCAAGAUCUGGAGCUUAUAUGUCACACUCCUCAACUCAAUCGUCGAUUUGGGCCAGGAAGACGGCAAGAGACUGUUAGGAAAUGAUUAUCGAGACAUCGUUCGAAGGGUUCAAUCCGGUGAUAUCUGGUCUCAAGUGGUCAAGGAUGGAUAUCAGGGUCGCGAGGGCUCGGUGGAUGCCGAGGUUGUCUAUAACCUUUCGAACCUUCUGCUAGGUCAAGCUCAGGACCAGAGACUCAAUCAAUCUCGCCUAGAGACAUACCUCUCCUCGUCACAGCACCACGAACUCGAUCUGUCAACCCACCUCAACAGCGCUUUGAGCAAUGGACGUUCGCAUUCCGGUCUCAACGGCACCAAUACCCCCAAAGAUCUCUCUUCACGCAUCAAGAUCCUCGAACUCUUCACCCUGCACGUCCUACCUAGAAAUGAAGAAUGGGAUUAUGCCAAGAGCUUCAUUGCCAACAGCGACAUUCUGGACGAAGAAAGACGGGAAGCGUUCCUUCAGACUUUGCAGGAGUUGCAAGACGUGAGCGAGGAGAGAUCCGUGUUCGAGGAGACCGAGGAAGAAGUCUUUGAAGAGACAGAAGAAGAGACCUCCCCUGCAACACCGCCGGCAACCACGAGCGAUGCUCAACAUUCAAACUACCCCAGACAUCAAAGAACGAGCAGCGAGGUCGACUAUGGUAUCGAAAAGGCCCAUCCCAAUGGUUUAGGUGUGAGCAGCAAUGGCGUACCUAUUCAAACCACGAAAGCAACCUUGGUUUCGGGAGAGCCACCAUUGACAAAGCUGCCGCCCAAAUCAGAACCUACCACGCCAGCACCCAUUUCAAACUCGGCGAGAUCUAUCAACUCCCCUCUCUCUGCAAACCAUUCUCAACUUUCACCGCCGAACAAUUCUCGACAUGCUACACGUAAACCCAGAUCCAAACCUAAUUCUUCACGGCCGACCAUUCUUACCCAGGCCCACCGGGUGUUCCUGGCACUUUCAACUCUGGCUCGAAACAUUACUGGCAAUAUAUCACGAAAUCCCACCUCGUUGCUACGCUUCCUAAUCUUUGUGACCGCAUUUCUCAUGGCCAUUAGUCAGAAACAGGUUCGAGAAAGGGUCAAGAGAAUCACCAGUAAAAGUUGGGACAAGGUCAAGGCAACGGUCGGCAUGGGCACAAAAGUAAGCUAUAUAUGAUCCGUUUGGACGUCGGUUUCCACGGCUCAGGGAUCUGGGCCCGAAUCAGGAAUGAGAGCAAAAGGGCGAUCAUUGAGAGGCAGCAAGGAAUGGCGCCCACACCAAGACAGAGACGGGACUAUGUUGUGGUGGUUUUUGCAGCGGCAUUGCGCGGUCAAGAUGGCCGUCAAGCUCUUGCUUGUAUCCUUGAUAUUUUCACCGCAUUCCAGGAAUGCAAGAUAGCCACUUGGUGACAGGAUACCCAUUUCCCCCACAAAGUUUGCCAGAAUAUUAAAACAUGCAUAAAUGCCUUGAUAUCCCCGACCGGUUGUCAAGCGCAGAGAGAUUUCUUCUUAACCAGUGUUCAAAUCUGUUGACGGCCCCCUUUUCCGCGGAGCGACAGGAGAUAAAG